UCUUCUCACUCAUUUCAUCUUCUUCUCUUUCUCGAAUUUGUCUUUGCAGUGGUAGAGAGAAGAUUCUUCCUUGUCCCGUUUUUGUUCUCAGAUCGAACUUCCUUUCUGGAAUUUUUUCUCUUUUCUUUCCUUUUCUUAUAACUAAAGAGAAAUUCCGGGGAAAAAACUGAGAAAUGGGUCACGGAGGAGAAGGUGUGUCGCUUGAAUUUACUCCGACGUGGGUCGUCGCCGGAGUUUGUACGGUAAUCGUCGCGAUUUCUCUUGCGGUGGAGCGUUUGCUUCAUCAUUUCGGUACUGUUCUUAAGAAGAAGAAGCAAAAACCCCUUUACGAAGCCCUUCAAAAGGUUAAAGAAGAGUUGAUGUUGUUAGGGUUCAUAUCGUUGCUACUGACGGUGUUCCAAGGAUUCAUCUCCAAAUUCUGUGUGAAUGAGGAUGUGCUUAUGCAUAUGCUUCCAUGUUCAAAGGAUGCUAAACUUGAAGCUGAACAUAAAAACGUAACAGCAACAGAACAUUUUCAGACUUUUCUUCCUAUUGUUGGAACCACUAGGCGUUUACUGGCUGAACAUGCUGCUGCUGCAGCUGGUUACUGUAGCCAAAAGGGUAAAGUACCACUGCUUUCUCUUGAGGCGUUGCACCAUCUACAUAUCUUCAUCUUCGUCCUCGCGAUAUCCCAUGUCACGUUUUGUGCUCUCACCGUUGUGUUUGGAAGCACGAGGAUUCACCAAUGGAAGAAAUGGGAAGAUAUGAUUGCAGACGAGAGUUUUGACCCUGAAGCAGCUCUUAAGAAAAGAAGGGUUACUCAUGUACACAACCAUGCUUUUAUCAAAGAGCAUUUUCUCGGCAUUGGUAAAGAUUCAGUUAUCCUUGGAUGGACGCAAUCAUUUUGCAAGCAAUUCUAUGGAUCUGUGACGAAAUCAGAUUACGUGACCUUGCGCCUUGGUUUCAUUAUGACGCAUUGUAAGGCAAACCCCAAGCUUAAUUUCCACAAGUACAUGAUGCGUGCUCUUGAGGAUGAUUUUAAACAAGUAGUUGGUAUUAGUUGGUAUCUUUGGAUCUUCGUCGUCAUCUUCUUGCUGCUAAAUAUUAAUGGAUGGCACACGUAUUUCUGGAUAGCAUUCAUUCCCUUCAUUCUGCUUAUUGCUGUGGGAGCAAAGUUGGAGCAUGUGAUUUCACAGUUAGCUCACGAAGUUGCAGAGAAACAUGUAGCAAUUGAAGGAGAGUUAGUGGUGAAACCAUCAGAUGAGCAUUUCUGGUUCAGCAAACCACAAGUUGUUCUCUACUUGAUUCAUUUUAUCCUCUUCCAAAAUGCUUUCGAGAUUGCGUUUUUCUUUUGGAUUUGGGUUACAUAUGGCUUUGACUCAUGCAUUAUGGGGCAGGUGAGAUACAUUGUUCCAAGAUUGGUUAUCGGGGUCUUCAUUCAAGUGCUCUGUAGUUACAGUACACUGCCUCUUUACGCCAUUGUCUCACAGAUGGGAAGUAACUUCAAGAAAGCUAUCUUCGAGAAGAAUGUGCAGGUUGGUCUUGUUGGUUGGGCACAGAAAGUGAAGAACAAGAGAGACCUAAAAACUGCAGCUAGUAAUGGGAACGAAGGAAGCUCUCAAGGUGGUUCUGGUUCUGGUGGUAUUGGUGCAGGUUUUGCAGGAAUCCAGCUCAGCAAAUUAACAAAAAACAACGCAGGGGACAAACAAAAUGAAAAUGAGAUUACACCUGAUCAUAACAAUUGAGUAGUGAUAAUUAUCCUUCUUUGAGAAGGCUCAUCAUCAGAUUUUAGCUUCAAGGUCCGGUUUUAUUGUUUUACGUAAACCAUAGUGACUCGAUUUGUUUUUGUUUGUUUACAAAGUUUACCAUUAUUUUGAGUUGUAUAUGUAUAUUGUUUGGUAACAUUGUAGGGAGGGUGUUCAAUGUAGUUUUUCAGUUGGAUUCCGGUUCAA